AUGGAAUAUGUAGAGAGAGAAUUUGGCGAGCCAGAGUUCCAAAAAGGCGUUUCACCCGAACGAGCGAAGAAAUAUUUUGAAGACCUCAUUUGCGGAAUAAGCUUCAUGCACGGAAAGCUCUUUGUUCAUUGUGACAUUAAGCCCGCAAAUUUGCUGUUGACCAAAAAUGAUGUACUAAAAAUCGCAGAUUUCGGACUGUCGGUAUCCAUCCUCGCCGACGAGUAUAUCAAGAGCCACAGAGGAACAAGGUACACAAUGUCACCGGAAAUGGUAGAGGUGGACAAAUUCGUUCAUGGAAGAUCCGCUGAUGUCUGGUCGAUCGGAGUGAUGCUGAUGUACUUUUUUAUUGGUAUGCUACCAUUCAAUGAAGCCACUUCUGAAUGUGAUUUCUACAUGUCCUGGAUCGCCGGCGAAAGCAGCGUCAAGCUCCCUUGGCAAAAGAUUGCAAAAGAACCGAUGGAUCUCAUUCGAAAAAUCCUGGUGGUUGAUGUAAAAUCGAGAGCAACCUUAAAAAGUAUUUCAAAAGAUCCCUGGAUCAUGGGAGGAGAGGAUCAAGUUAAGGACGUGAAGAAACCAAGAUUCAAGAAAGUCAAAGCUGAGAAGAAGAAGGUCCAAGUACAGAAAGUUGAGAAAGCAAUCAAAGAAAGCGCCAAAGAUCCAAAAUCAGCUGCAACUCAUCAAAAGAAGAAUGUUACCAAGCAGAGAAAACAGGAGAAAAAAGCUACAGAAGAUUUGAAUGAUUUGAAAGAUGAAAAGCCCGAAAAAAUUCCAAAAAGACAGCCAGAGAAGAGGAAGCAGGAUAAGGAAGAUGCGGAAAAUGCGGGAGAUGCAGAAAAUUUGAAAAACAGGCAUGGACCAUCGAAACGUCAAAGGGUGCCAAAAAGACAAUGGGCAGAAUAA